AUGAAGAACAGCGAAGAACAAAUGAGAUCACUAUUUGGAAUUACACUUUCUGAUAAACCAAGAUGGAAACAAUUUCUCAUAUGUUCUUCUGGUUUCUUCUUUGGUUAUCUUGUUAAUGGCGUCUGCGAGGAAUAUGUGUACAACCGGCUCAAAUUCAGUUAUGGAUGGUAUUUCACGUUUGUGCAAGGAUUUGUGUACAUUAUCAUGAUAUACCUACAAGGGUUCACGACGAAGCAAAUGGUGAAUCCAUGGAAGACUUACGUGAAACUCUCUGGUGUUCUUAUGGGAUCUCAUGGCCUCACCAAAGGCUCAUUGGCUUAUCUCAAUUACCCUGCUCAAAUCAUGUUCAAAUCCACUAAGGUUUUGCCGGUUAUGGUAAUGGGAGCAUUUAUACCCGGGUUAAGAAGAAAAUACCCGGUCCAUGAGUACAUAUCAGCUAUGCUACUUGUAAUCGGUCUAAUCUUAUUCACAUUAGCUGAUGCUCAUAGCUCCCCAAACUUCAGCAUAAUUGGGGUCAUGAUGAUCACAGGCGCUCUCGUCAUGGACGCUUUUCUCGGUAACUUGCAAGAAGCAAUCUUUACAAUGAAUCCCGACACAACACAAAUGGAGAUGUUGUUCUGCUCGACGGUAGUUGGUUUACCGUUCUUACUUGCACCAAUGAUUUUCACCGGGGAGUUUUUCAGAGCUUGGACUUCAUGUGCUCAACAUCCAUACGUGUACGGAGUGUUGGUGUUUGAAGCCAUGGCUACAUUUGUCGGACAAGUCUCCGUUCUAUCCCUCAUUGCACUCUUUGGCGCAGCCACGACCGCGAUGAUAACGACGGCAAGAAAAGCCGUAACGCUGUUACUAUCUUACUUGAUAUUCACGAAGCCUUUAACGGAACAACACGGCACGGGACUGUUACUGAUCUCUAUGGGCAUUAUUCUCAAGAUGGUUCCGGAUCCGAAUCCAAACUCGAAGCUCUCGGGUUCGGGUCAGAUACCCACGAAGUUGGAGCGGGUUAAGUUUGAGAAGGAGGACGACGAAGAGAGUCGGCCUUUGGUCUAA